UUCAAGCAAGCAGUCUGACUGCUGAACUAGUUCAGGAAUGUAGUGAACUAAUUUCUUUUCUGUGAUUAAACCAUCACCCGCGGGAGUCAUGUCUCGCUACGUUGAGGUAAACGGAUGCAACCUGGUCACUAUCCUUCUCCUUUGUUUAGGCCCCUCAACUGGAGAAAAACACAUAAGUCAUGCUCAUCCAGAACACCAGGAGCAACCUGGACACAAAUCUGUGGGUUUAGAGGAGGUGGUGAUAGUGAUCCAAAGUCAGAGGAACUCAUUUCAUGCCCAUCGUGGAAACCAGAGGAAGGCAGAGAUUCUGCAGCAGGCAGCAAAACUUGGACAGGGAGUUCCCGCUGUUCUCCUCCUCCAUGAGCUCUCAGAUUAUGAAGGCGAUUGGAGUAUCCUUCCUGCACUUCCGCGCCUCACUGCUGCUUUUGGUAAACUUGCAUCCUGGUUUUUCUUCAUAGAAGAGGAAACCACUGUUACACUGCCUGCUCUGCUACAUGUCUUUAACAGAUAUCAUGUCCAAAAGGAGUGGUUUUUGGGGAAGCGACUCCAUGACAACGAAGCUUCCAUCAUUCAUCAUUACGCCUUUUCUGAAGACCCCAGUUCCUUUGGUUAUCCUGAUCCUGCAGCAGGCUGGGCUCUCAGUGUACCACUGUAUCACAGACUCGCUGCACGGAUCCAACAUGAGAAUCUGAAAUCAGACUUUACAAUUGACCUGAAACAUGAGAUAGCUUUGUAUAUUUGGGAGGAAGGAAAAGGCCCAGAGCUGACAGCAGUUCCAGAGUUUUGUACAGAGCCAAGAGACGACUGUGCAACCACAUUUACAACUUACCUGCCCAACUGUGGGGAUCCGGUCUCAAAGAACAACAUAUUUGUUGCUGUGAAAACUUGUCAAAAAUUCCACUCAGAACGAGGUUAACCAGUGGUGAAAGCAACCUGGGAGAAAGACGCUGGGUUUUUAGAGUAUUAUAGCGACAUCCUCGAUGCCUCCAUACCCACAAUAAAUCUAGGAGUGCCUAAUACUGAGAAAGGACACUGUGGGAAGACGUUUGCCAUCUUGAGGCGUUUUCUGAGUAAAGCUGUGCCAGAGGCUGAUUGGCUGCUCAUUGUUGAUGAUGAUACUUUUAUCAGUUUACCCCGGUUGCAGCGACUGCUUCGUUGCUACGAUCCAAAGGAAGCUGUGAACCUAGGGGAGAGAUAUGGCUACAGCUUGGCUCAGAAAGGAUACAGCUACAUCACAGGAGGAGGAGGGAUGGUAUUCAGUCGGGCGGCUGUGUCCAGACUGCUUUCCAGUGGCUGUAGCUGCUACAGCGAUGAUGCCCCUGAUGACAUGGUGCUGGGCAGGUGCUUCACUACCCUUGGUGUUCCCGUCACACACAGUCCACUGUUUCAUCAGGCACAACCAGGUGAUUACUCGGAGCAACUGCUUACCUUGCAGCAGGCCAUCUCCUUCCACAAGCACUGGAAUAUAGAUCCCGUUGCUGUUUACAGACACUGGCUGCAGGACACACAUCUACAAGAUGAACUGUAGAAACACUUUGUGAAGCCCCAGUUUGCACACACUUUGUAAAAAGUAUUAUGGUCCAAGAUGGGAGCACAUUUAUUGAUGUUUGUUAAAGAAUGUUUUAUUUGAAUUGUUUUUUUCUUAAGUAUAUUAUACAUUUCUUUGUUUCUAAAUUAUUUACGGCAGCUGAAAGCAGCUGUAUUCCCUUCAUACUUUUUUUCAGUGGUUACCUCAAGCUAAUGAGUUAAUAUUGUCAUUAUCUCUAGAUUUUGAUGACGGGAUAUUUUGUCUUGUGAUCUCGAGAAAACUUUGUUUUCUCGAGAUCACAAGAUGAGUGGUGUCUGUUUAAACCUAAUUUCAUCCAACAAAACAGAUGCCACAGCAGCUGGGGAGGACUUAAUAGUAAAUCAUGGCAUGUUAUUCUGUAAAUGACGGUAAAACAUAACUGCGAUUAGAUUACGUUGUUGGUUUGAUGAUUUGCUUUUUGUGUAUAUUGUUGUGAGCAGGUAAACAAAAGCUUCACAUUCCACGUGUGUUUCAUAGGUUAGUUUAUCGUUGUCUACACGAAAUUGAUUUUUAGGUUUCCACUCCUGUGGGCAGUCACUUCCUACAAAUGAAAAAAAUCCUAAAGAUGACCUGUAUUCAGUUUUUCAUUAAAAAUGGGAUACAAAAGUGACACCUUAGCCUAAAGUUUCAUGAAUGUAAAAAAUUUGUCAGUAACUUGGUUAUAAGAUUACAUAUUUCUUAAGAGAAUUUUACGUCCCAUAUUUUUUACAGCAUCUUUGAGAAUAGGCCUCUGUAGCUAAUAACACAUAACAUUGUGUCAGAACUAGGUGACCUUUUGUUGUUUUUUAGGUAGGUCAACAUAUUGUAAGGUUCCUUGAUGUAGAGGAACUUUCAAUUUAUGUAUUCCUCCAUAUAGUGUCCGGAUUUUUGCCAAAACGGAAGGAAUUCAUCCUAAGCUGAAGCAGAGGAUAUAAAGCAGAGGAAAAAAAAAGUUGUUAAACCACCUAAGAGAGAAAAUUAAACUUUCAUCUACAGCCUCAUUCACAGGAACCAGCAAUAGCCAUUCAAGGCUUGGACGUGCCGUGAUUGGCUGUCUUUAUCCAGAACUGAUGUGAGUUUCUAGCUCCCUGCUUUGCACGUCAUGAACUGAGCUUCCCAUCAAUCACCACCAAGACAAACAUGCUAAUUUUUUUCUGUAGUAGUAGUUGUACCCUUUAUUGCCAUAUACAAUGUACACAGUGAGAUGAAACAACAUUUCACUGGAAGCAAUUGGUGUUAUACAAAUCAUUAAAACACAGUAAACAAUACAGAUAAUAUAAUGAAUUUACACACACUAAGAGCCACAUGCACAUGCUGCACAUACAUACACACACUUACAUCCAUACUCACUCUCUCAGAUUCAUUCACAUACUCCCACAUAUGGGAGCUAAUGUUAUUUAGGUUGAUAUGAGUAUUGCACUAAGAGUGGUUAAGCAGUUUAACUGCUUGGGAAAAGAAGCUCUUUCCCAUCCUGGAAGUGUGAGAAGAGAUGCUGCAGAACCUUCUUCCUGAUGGAAGUAGGAGAAGAGACUGUGUGAGGGAUGUGUGAUGUCCUUAACAAUGUUCUAAUGUAUGUCCAAGAGGGGGGACAGCGAGGCUCCUGUGAUCUUUCCAGCCAACCUCACAAUCAGCUGCAAGGCCUUCCGGUCCACGGCAGUGCAGUGGCCACACCAUACUGUUAUGACACUGCUGAGGAUGCUCUCAUAUGUCCCUCUGUAGAAGAUUAUCAGGAUGGAGCCUCCUUAGAAAGUACAGCCACUGCUGGGCUUUCUUUGUAAUGUAUUUGUUUUUUUUGUCCAUUUGAGGUUGUUUGCAAUGUGCAUGCCCAAAAACAUUGUAUUCUGGACAAUCACAUGUGGAAAGUUGUUAAUGGAUAGUGGAGUAUGAUUGUAUGGAGAUCGACUAAAGU